AUGGCCAGCCCGUUCAACCCAUUUGGUGGCCGAGGCCAGAGAGGAGCGGCCAAUCCCGCAGCCACGGCGAGCCGUGGACGAGGGACACCAGCUGCUCGUGGUUCGCCAUUCCCGCCUAGAGGCUCUAGCGCACCCCGAGGAAAAUACAAUAUCAGUCGCGGAAGAGGUCUGCCGCAGUCGCGUGGUUGGGUCCGGGGUCGGGGUCGUGGUGCUGGUACUUCGAACCCAGCCUUGUCGCAUACGGGCUCGGCCGCGCAGCCUCCCCAGCAGGCGACCAAUUCCCCGUUCGGCCAAUUGAAGCAGCAACAGCCGGGUUCGAAUACCUUCGGUGUGCCAAGUCCCCAAGGAACAUCGCCAUUUACCGGUACCCAAAAUGCGCCAGCUUCUCAAAAGACUAGCUACGCACCCAAAUUCGCACCGAAGCAGAUUACGGCGAAUCCUACCGGAGGUGGAUUGGGCCAUGUUCCCGUGGAAAAUCCGUCAAUUUUGGCCCAAUAUCACGAGCGAUAUGACCAGCUCAAAGUUGAUCGUGCGAAUAAGAGGCAGAGGGCAAUCAAGGAUGGCCAGAUGGCUGAUCCAAAUCAGCCCACCUCGCUAAACAAAGCCAUCACACCGGUCGGUACUUGUACUAGCAUGUGUCCUGAAUUCGAACGCGUUGAGCGUAUCGUGCAAAAGAUGGUGGAUAAGAGUGAAAAGUACCUGCAUCCAUCAACCAACGUACUUCAAAAUCUGGAGACGAAGAUGCUUAAGCGGUUUCGACGCUCAGCUGCUGGAUAUGAUGAGCAGCUCCCGUCUGAUAUUCGUACUCCAAAUGCACUGCUCCAGAGCACAAACUAUCUUAUUCGCCACAUUAUUGGAGGGAAUGAGCCAUUGGGCAUCAUCCAUAAGUUUGUAUGGGAUCGCACACGGUCUAUCCGUAAUGAUUUCUCUGUACAACAAGUCUCCCAGGAAAAAGAUGUUCAGAUCGCCGUGACCUGCCUGGAGAGAAUCGCCCGAUUCCACAUUGUGUCACUCCAUCUCCUCUCCAGUCCGGAAAACGAAGAACCCUUCGAUCGUCACCAGGAGCGUGAGCAACUGAAUAACACAAUGUUGUCUCUCAUGUACUACUAUGACGAUCACCGUGGACGCAUUAAUUUCCCGAACGAGGAUGAAUUCCGCGCAUACUAUAUCAUCUUCUCUAUCCACGAUCAGCGGCCAGAUUUAGAAGCUCGUGUUUCGAAGUGGCCAACUUCGCUGUUGACAUCGCCUCGUGUUCAGGUGGCACUAGAGCUGUAUGCUGCCUCUUGUAACACCUGGGAAUAUCAGGGAACUCUGGAUGCAAGGCGACCUAAUGCCAUUGCGCAAGGAUUUUACACUCGCUUCUUUAACAUCAUCAACUCACCCAGUGUGUCUUACCUCAUGGCGUGCAUCGCUGAAGUCUACUUCAGUUAUGUCCGGCAGACGGCCAUCCGUGCGAUCUGGAAAGGUUACUGUAAAACACCCUUGUCGCAACAACACAAAAAUCAAGAGUGGACCGUUGAGGAUUUAACGAGGGUAUUGCAUUUCGAUGAUGAUGAAGAAACGAUCAAGUUUUGUGAGGAACAGGAUCUGCAAGUCGCAGAGAACGCCAAUGGGGAACUAUACCUCGACUGGGGUACUCGCCCAGUUGAUUCUGUUGGAUUCUCGCCAUCUUCGGAGCAUGCCUAUUCGGAACUCACAGUAGAAUCAAAACGGGGUGGAAGAAGCCUGGUUGCUGUUAUUCUAGGAAUGAAUAUCCCAGAGGCAGCAAGAAUGGGUAUGCUUGACCAGUCCAAGCUUCAGGAACGUGCGAAACCUUCACCUCCACAUGAAAUGGACAACUCUACUCCCUUCCUUAGUGAAGAUGGGAGCACGACCCCUGCUCCUAUGCCAGAUCCGAACUUUUCUACACUGGAGAGUGAUUUCUUGACGGAGUCCUCUGCCCGCAGCACCCCCAAUCCCUUCCAAAAUUUUCUGCCUGAUGCAAAUCAACCGUCAGCUACUCAAAUAGCUGUACCUCCCCCGCAGCCUUCGAACCCUUUCCAGGCUUCAAAGCUAAAUCCGUUCGCGUCCCCAUUCCCUAGCGGCAAUGCGAUGAACACCGCGCCUGCGACUUCGUCUUCUUUCAAUCCGUUUGGUGCUGCGUCGAAUCCGGUCACGCCAGCUCCUGCUCCGUCGAAUGCUCCGGUUCAAUCGCCGUCUCCUUUCUCGUUCAGCAAACCGAUAGAGGAGGAAAAGCCUAUUUCAGCGUCUCCAUUCUCAUUCAGCAAGCCGACAGAGGGAGAGAAACCUGUCCCAUCGUCCUCUCCUUUCUCAUUCGGCAAACCAGCGGAAGAGAAUUCUGUUUUGGGAUCAAAACCUACUCAGUCGCCUUCACCGUUUGCUAACAGUGGCCUCUCAAAUCCCACUUCUGAGCCGUCAAUUACCCCAAACCCAUUCGCUGCCUCUCUGUCCUCGUUUAAAGCUCCUCAGCCAUUAGACUCAACCCCCCAGGCUACUUUCCCCCCUCCACAAACCACCCAAUCCACUUCAUUGUUCUCUGCCUCCAAGUCUACCUUCCCCUCGACAGAGCUCGAUGGUGCCAGUGCUGCAGAACCUGCUUCCAAACCUGCGCCGGUGUUCGGAGCAGCAGCUCCAUUCAGUUCCGCGAACCCUACACAGCCCUCGCAAUCACCGUUCAAGCUUCCUUCAUCUUCAGAAUCACCUUUCAAUUCCACUUUGUCCGCGUCUGAGCCCCAACCUCAACAAAGUUCAUCGCCAGCGACCCCUGCGGUUGACGCGACUGAAAAGCCAAAGAGCCUCUUCGACAACACAAAUGGCUUCCACCAGCUAGAACAGUCCUUUACCCAGAAGCCCUUAUCAGAAAGUCCACUUUCUGGACAAAAGGAGAAUAGAGAGAACCUUCCAAAGGCGACCCCGCCUAUUCAGCCUAGUGAAAAGCCUCUGUCAGCCUCCAGUCUUUUUGGUCCGGCGCCGACAACUUCACAGCAUUCGAACCCAAUGUUCCCGACUCCGAAAUCCACCGAGCCAGCAGAAAAAGAAACGGAGUCCCCUGCAAGCAAGAAGUCCCUUUUCCCACAACCGACGAACUUCCAGUCGGCAUUUUCUCCCAAGCAAUCUACCAAUGACACCCCUGUUGAGGAUGAUAUUCAGCGCCAAAAGCCAGCUGCUCCCGCAGCAGCGACUGAAAGUAACUCUCCCCGGUUUGAUAAAUCCGUUGCCUCGUUGGGCUCCUCUCUUUCAUCUGGAGAGUCGCCCAAUCCAUCCAUCAAGCGCAAAUUUGAAGAUGGACCUCCCGUUCUUGCAACAAGCGAGGAAGAACAGAGUGCUUGGAAUGGCAUUCUCCAGCGACUUGCUGAGAAACAAGCCCGUAAGAAGGCGCGUAAACUGGAAGAGGAGCAGAGGCUUGAAAGGGAACUUGAACAAGAAGAAAAACGAAAGCAAGAAGAAAACCGAAAGCAAGAAGAGAACCGCAAGAGAGCACUGGAGGAACAAGCUGCAGGGGAAUUGCCGGGUGGACGAGAAUCCAAAGCUCUCAAGGUAUCCGACCUGGCAGGUGACCCGGCUCCCAGCAACGGAUACUCUCUUUUCCAAGCAUCUACCAGAGAUUUGCCCACUCUCCCUUGUCUGCGGUCUGGCGAUGAAUUGACCAAACGCGCGGGACCGACCGUCGCCGAAAUCGAGGCAGCAGGAAAAGCCCGUCGACAGCGCGAGAUCGAUCAGGAUGAGCUGCUUUUGUCCGCCGCCCGAAUUGCAGCCGAGCAAUUGAAGAACGGACCCAAGAUCUUUGACUCUUACGGGCCUUCUUCUUUUAACAACACCUCCGAGCACCGCAACUCGUACAAUCCCCACAGAAGUUUCUCGGCUUCAACGUCAUAUUCCCAAAGUAUGUCGCCACCUCCCCCGCCUGUCUAUCCGAAUCACGGGUAUCAGGUCGCUUAUGCCCCAGAUACUCCGCUGGGCCUCGGUCGGACCUUGUCACGGUCAGAACAGAGAAUCCGUCGGACUGGAGCCCAUGGGCUGGCAUACCUCCCUCUAGACCUGGAUUUCAGCCGCACCCGUGUUCAUAGGAAGACUGCGGACGAGAAAGAUAAAUUCUCUCGAAGCGGUUAA